AGAUAAUGAAACGCGUCCUUCGCAACUCUCUCGCACUCGCGUUACAUUUCAGAGACGUUGUCUGAGAUGGGAACCAUGGACGUGUACAUCCAUAUUCUGUUACUCUGUGUAUUAUUGACGUCAUGCAUGGCUGGUAUAAUCGACCAGGAGGACGCAUCACAUCCAUGUAAUCGACCGUGCCAAGAUGGCGCCGCCCCAAUGACCUGCAAGUACGACUUCACCGUAGAAUGGUACUACGUCCUGAGCAAGGCGUGUUACGACUGUCCCUUUAAUAAGACCGACUGCGAUCGCCCCCACUGCGUAGCUGCAGAUGGAACGAAGAGGGCCAUUAGUGUUGUUAACAGACGUUUACCGGGACCAGGGAUUUUCGUGUGCUUAAACGACACCGUAGAAGUCACCGUCCGCAACAAGCUGUUUUCAUCAGACGGUAUCACCGUACACUGGCAUGGCGUAUUCCAGACAGGUACUCCCUACAUGGACGGUGUAUCCAUGGUGACACAGUGUCCAAUUCCGUCCCACAGCAAGUUUACCUACAGAUUCAAAGCUGGCAACAAAGGAACUCAUUUCUGGCAUGCUCAUUCGGGUGUUCAGCGAGCAGACGGCGUUUUUGGGCCUCUGGUCGUCCGUCUGCCGCGAACAAUAGACCCACACAGCGCGUUAUAUGACGAGGACCUCACAGAACACACCAUCCUGGUGACUGAUUGGUUGGGGGAUUUGACAGUGAGCAGAUUUGUUGCGCAUCAUCACAGGGACGGAGAUAAUAAGCCGCAGUCUAUUCUUAUCAAUGGCAAAGGAGCGUAUCAAUUAUAUGGAAAUAAAACAACCAACGAAACGUUUACGCCGUAUGCUGUUUUCAAUGUAGAUAAGGGCAGGAGGUACAGGUUUCGUGUAGCUAGUAACGGGAUUCUAAAUUGUCCAAUUCAGAUCUCGGUGGAUGACCAUAACAUCACCAUGAUCACCUCGGACGGUCGACCCUUUGAGCCCAUCGAGGUCGAAACCUUCAUCAUAUUUGCCGGGGAACGCUUCGACUUCGUCCUGAAUGCCAGGCAGGCAGUUGGUAACUAUUGGCUACGAGCUGCAGGACUCGCGGACUGUGACAGCAGCUUCAAGGGGGCACACCAGUUAGCUAUUUUGAGGUAUAGAGGUUCAGCAGAAGAUGAGCCAUUAGAAGAAAAGGGAUACAAUGCGUCUAUUCGAACAGGAAAGCUUCUCAAUCCGUGGAACCGGAAAAAGGACGACAUGAACGUCCCAGUUGUAGACCUCGUCAACACUGACCCUAACAAUGCCGCCAUUUCAAAACCUAACGCCGACGUCAAAUUUUACAUUGGAAUGGAUUUCAACAAAAUCGACAAUCUUUAUUUCCACGACCCUACCUACUACCCAGUGUCUGCCAUUGAAUAUAAUAAGCAUUUGUAUACACCACAGUUUAACCACAUAUCAAUAGAAGUGCCACCAGCUCCUCCUCUCAGCCAGUUGGAUGAUAUCCCCAUGGAACGGGUAUGCAAUCAUACCACUCACACAGACUGCACUACGAGGUUCUGUGAAUGCAUCUACCUCCUGAAAGUAAAGCUUGGAGACGUGGUGGAACUGGUUCUGGUAGACGAAGGCUUUGCCUUCAAUGCUAACCAUCCCAUACAUCUCCACGGCCAUGCAUUCUGGGUGGUUGCCUUACAGAAGAUAAGUGAGUCCAUUACAUUGGACAAAGUGAAGGAAAUGGACAGGAAUGGUCAAAUUCGACGCACCUUGACUAAUGCCAUCAGAAAGGACACGGUCACAGUACCGGAUGGCGGUUUUACGGUUAUUCGAUUCGUCGCCGAUAAUCCGGGUAUUUGGUUCAUGCACUGCCAUAUAGAAUACCACGUGGAGAUCGGGAUGGGAUUGGUCUUCCAAGUAGGCGAACCCGAACAGUUCCCGCCAAAACCAAAGAACUUUCCAAAAUGUGGAGACCGGAAAGAAGAAGAUGACGACACAGGUGCAAACACGACGAGCUGCCGUGUUUGGGGUUAUUCCAGUUCUGUGCGCGGAGUAUCAGCUACUGAUUCUCUAAUUGUAUUUGUGGCGCCUGUCACAGUUCUGGUUUCAACAUUUACUGUCUAA